AGUCGGAAUUCUGUCUGCAUGCAGACAACAACGUAUUGUGUUACCAGUACGCGCGGAUAACAUUAAAUACAGAUUCACUGUAAAGAAAUUGUUAUCACACUCAAGCAGCUGAUACAACAAUUGUGAAAGAAAGCAACGAAUAAACGACUAGAAUAAUAAUAAUUAAUAAAGAAAAAUAAAAAAACAACGAAUCAAUUAGAUGGCAUAAGCCAGAAACACCACAUGGAUAACAUUUAUGUGGCAAUCAAUUAGCGGCGGCUUAAAAGCUGUCUUCAUCGGUCACACCAUUCAAAACGAAAAUAUCAAACAUACGACCAUCGUAAAUGUAAUGAAGAUGGAGCAACGCAGUAAAUUUAUGGCUCAACGCAAUAAUCAAACUAUCGCAAUACGUGUACUUUUAUUAUCAUUUCAAUAAUUGUGUAAAAUAUGGUGUGCAAGAGACAUUCAACAGAGCAACAGUACACAUAAAAAAGAUACGCAUGGUAUUUAGAGGGAGAGAAAAAAAAAUAGAUAAUGGCUUGUGAACAUUCAUUGCCAUUCGGUGUGGAAAAGUGAAAUUGGAUAAACGUGAAUUCUACGAACAUAAAUUCAAUCAAAUAGUGUAUGUGUGUGUAAAAGUGAAGGCAACAUUGAAUCGAGAUACAGAAAGAAAUAUCUGCGGAACGAAUAACGGGCGAAGCGAUAGUGUGUCAACGAUAAGGGUAUAAAUGAUUAAAUCGGCAAAUUGGAAUUUACUGCCAUCAUUCUGGUACACACAGUAAAAGUGAGAAAUCGCAGAGAAAGAGAGAGAGAGACACAGAGAGAGAAAGAACCCGUUAAAACCAUUCAACCAACCAAUCGAAUUCCAUCGUAGCGACAAAAUACGAUUACAAAUAUUCUGUCCACCAUGAAUAUGAUGCUAUGUUUCAAUGUAAAAUUGGCCGCAUUUUUUCGCGCGUAUCGCGAAGAAUCGGUACGCGAUCGAAGUCAAAGCUUAUGUACGCCUCCAACACGUGCUCCACCACCGAAUCGGGAUAUAGGCGCGUUACGUGUGCUACAGCGUCGAGCAUCGAGUGUCAUCUCGUCGGCAACGGAAUUAAUAUCGCGGCGUGGUGUAUUUUCACGUCGUCAUUAUGGCUCAACGGAUCAGCUGCCCCAAACUGAUCUGGACGCCCUUGACCCGAACUGUCGACGUUUUCGUUUGGAGAAUGGUGAAUCUUUGGCCGAAAUAGAUGAGGUUUUCGGGUCACCAAGUACACCGAUUUUGGAGAAUCCAGAACAUCAAACAAGAUGGUACUUCAAAUAUUUUCUUGGAAAGUUGCACCAAAAUUAUGUGGGCAUAGACAGCGAGAAGAACCCAUAUUUUUUAUCAAUUGUUUCGCACGAAUCUGGAAAUAAGUCUACACCGCUAUACCGAGCCAUGUUGUUCCGAAAACAGGGAGCUCAAAAGAUAUCGCUCACUCUUCAUCCAAAUCAAAAGCCCACCGUCAAACAAAUGCUAUCGCAUUUCUCGUCGAUGGAUGCUACCAAAACACCAAAAGAGAUCUUUUCGCCGGACAUACAGAAAGAUUUAUUGCUACUGGAGGAGCAAGAGGGAUCAGUCAACUUUAAAUUUGGUGUGGUCUAUAUGAAAGCGGGCCAAAAGUGUGAUGACGAGAUGCUGAGUAACGAAUUCGGAAGCGAAAGUUUUGAAGAAUUCUUGAGCAUAUUAGGAGAGAAAAUUCGAUUGAGAGGAUGGGAACGCUUUCGUGGUGGCUUAGAUGUGAAAGGCGAUAUGACAGGAAAAUAUUCAAUUUAUACGCUGUACGAAGGCCACGAAAUCAUGUUUCAUUGCUCAACGCUACUACCAUUUUCCCGAGAUAAUCGACAGCAGGUCGAGAGAAAACGUCACAUUGGCAAUGACAUUGUGAACAUUAUUUUUAUAGAUGGUGAUGACAGCUGCGACUUCUCACCAAAUUGCAUCAAAAGCCAAUUUACACAUAUUUUUGCGGUGGUUAUGAAGCAGAAUGGUAUCUAUCGGUUGUCGGUGUUUUGUGAUGAAAGCGUGCCUGCCUUCGGACCAACACUACCAAAUCCACCAGAUUUUCAGGAUGUUGCUGCAUUUAGAGAAUUCCUACUCGUAAAGUUAAUCAAUGGAGAAAAGGCGACCUUUCAAACACCCACGUUCAGCCGGAAACGUGAACGCACGCUAGAAAUGUUAAUCAAAGACUUGUACGAAGAAUAUGCACACGAUACAAAGACGAAUAUGUUGAAUCGACGUGCGUUUUCAGAGGUGUUGUAUGACGCCCCACGUACAUCCAAAUUGAAGGAGGAUGCCCGGCAAGUGGAAUUCGUUCGCAUUGGACAAGCAUUAAAAUUGGAAGCCAUUGUUCGCGGUGAUGCACCGACCAGUUUGGCUUCGACUGGACCGGGUUCGGUGUUCAAACGAAGCCCAUGGGAACCACAAUGUUUUUAUGCAGCUUUUCCAUACCGUGGAAAUAUGAUUGGCGAUUCAAUUGGCCAUGACACCUUGGUGUUGGCUUGUGAUGAAGGGACAUUUCUUAUUCGUGAAGACCAAAGCUAUCAAACGAUUUUUGAUAAAUCGUUUUGUGUGCGGCAAAUGAGCGUUGUUGAGGACCAUGGUAUCGUAUUGAUUCGGGGCGGAAGUGCAACUAAUAAAGAUGGCCAUCGCAUUCAUGUGUUUCGCAUCAGAGAAUUUAAAGAGGAAACAAUAAAAAUUAGAUCUCGGAUAGAUGUAAAAGAUCGGCGUGUGGAAAAAACCCGAGGAUGUCAUCUGUAUGCUAUUUCAAAGGGAGGCGACGGUCACUUGAGAAUGGUCGUUGCGAUUGGUAGAAAGAUGUUGACUUUUCAGUGGAAAUACACAGCCGCUUGGACGAGCUGGUGUUCAUCGAGUAAUGAUAUGGAAACGGCAGACGGUUUCUUAUACCAGAAAGAAAUCACACUACAUGAUUGUCCUAGUAUAAUAACAAUUUUGGAUACACCAACUUCGGCUAGUACGGGACUUCUUAUGUGUGUUGGCUACAAACAUCAUUUUGAAGUUGUGUGUGAGCAAACGGGUCAGUGUACUCGCCUUCACGAUAUAGAAUCAUCCAAACGGUCACAAUCCCAAUUGGUUACUGCUGUCGACUUGUGCGAUGGACACGAAACGGAGCUUCUGCUCUGUUACAACCACACUUGUCAUUUUCAGAAGAUCUCCGAUGAGAACAAAACCAACGAAUUUGAUUUUCAUUGGAACACAUCGCCAACGUCAAUUGUUUGCGCUUUUCCCUACAUAAUCGCAUUCACGCCCGAUUCAAUCGAGAUUCGAUUGCUGGUGAAUGGCAGUCUUGUCCAUACGGCUACAAUGCCGGAACUACAACUCAUUUCGAGCAAGCGUGACAUUUACUUUGCGACCACAGCUCCGAUUUUUUUCGCUCCAAAGGAUUUUCGCAUUGGUUGCUUGGAAAAUGAGCAAAUUCAAGAGUCUACCGCAAGCCGACGUCCUAGUCGAAUCAAUGAAUUCUCCAAUGAACGCAUCCUUGAGAUUCGACAUAAAAUUGAUAAAAUCGAAGCACAACAGCGAUUUGAAUGCACCGAGAAAUGUAUGCAAUCACCAUCCAAACUGAUUGCACAGCCAGUGGAUAAAUUCGAACCGACAAUGCACAUCAAUAGUGACGAUAAUUUCAGUAAAUUUUUGCCGUUGCCACGAAACGAUCAAUCACCAUGCAUCCAACGGGCUCGAUCUCUGCAGAAACCAAAGGAGAAAAACUUGGCCGACGAAUCAAAACGAUUGAUAUCGAAAAGUAAUUCGUGUGGUGAAUCAUGUACGGCAAAUAAUAAAUCGGACCUAUCACUUUCUACAAAGAAUAGUUGCGAACCAUCGGUUCCGCCAAACUCACCCAAAGUCAACUCCUCUUCGCACAGUCCGAAUUCUCCGACAAAAAUUCGUCUAUUGAAAUCUCCAAACAAUAAUAAAUUAAUUCAAUUUGCCACGUCGAAUGCUGAACCGUGUCAGACAGCUGAGAAGCCAAAGCCUUUGCGUAUUUUCCGCAUACCAUUAUUCAAUUUGACAGGUACGCAUUCGCAUUACCAUAUUCACAAUUCGACACCGAAAGUUUCGGUUAAAAUACCACCGAGGAAAAUUGAAGAAGAUGGAUUUGAAUCACUUGACAGUGAACAUGUUGAUGAAGCUGGUGCCGCUGCCGUGACCACGGCCACCAAUGGUGUGGCCACGGAAGAGGUAGAGCCUUGUGAUAUGAGAAAACUUCGAAGUAAUCUACAAAAACUCUCCACAAAUUGCACGAAUUUAUCGUUAUUUUCAUCAAUUUAAUUAGCACGGAGAGGCUUCUAGCGAUCAAUUUGAUUUGAGCACGUCAUUGAUUGAAAAAAAUAUGAAUUGACGAAAUUUACACACAACAAAAGAAUAUCAUGAGUAUUUUUUUAUACGAAUGCAGAACAGACAGGAGCAAAAAAAAAAACACUUUUUUAUUACAUUGUAAUUGGCGAUUCGGAUUGAAGCGGGUCAUAUGAAUUGGGAUUAAACUAAUCCAAAAUGUUUCUAUUUAUAAACAACACAAUUUUGUACAUAUACAUUGAUUGAUAUAACAAGAAUAACAAAAAAAAAACAAUACUAAUUUCGAAGGAAACCUACAAAUGGUGAUUUUAAAAUGGUGAAACAUUGCAAAUGAAAAACCAAACAAUCAGAAGUUAUCAUAUUUAUCUAUAUGUUAUUAUGUCACACAGCAUUUCAAACAACCAAAUGAAGAAAAAAAAACAAUUUUAUGUAGCAGUUAGUCUAGAGCUCCGACUAUUGAUAUGUUAAGCUCUCACCCAUUACUGUACUAAUACAAAAGUAAAAGAUUGAUUUAAAUUGACGUUAAUAUCUAGGAGAGAAUUUAAUCUAUAUAUAUUCGAUUAUAAGUGACAUAAGUCAAAAUCAAAAUGUAUCGCUUAAGCAUUGUAUGUGAUGAUAAUGAUGAUGAUGAUGGCGUUUGAAUUAAUGUUUCAAAAUAAUUAAGUGUUUGUUGUAAAUAAAAUGUUUCAAAGUGUCCACAAA